CCCGCCGCGCAUGCGCAGUGGCCGGCGCAGGGCCCCGGCGGCGGAGGGAAGAUGGCGGCGGUGGUACAGAAUGUGGUGAAGCUCCUCGGGGAGCAGUACUACAGGGAUGCCAUGGAGCAGUGCCACAACUACAACGCCCGGCUCUGUGCCGAGAGGAGCGUCCGCCUCCCUUUCCUCGACUCGCAGACCGGCGUGGCCCAAAGCAACUGCUACAUCUGGAUGGAAAAACGUCACCGAGGACCAGGGUUAGCCGCUGGGCAGCUUUAUUCCUACCCCGCGCGUCGCUGGCGGAAGAAACGCCGUGCUCAUCCUCCCGAGGACCCGAGGCUUUCCUUCCCUUCUAUCAAACCAGACGCUGAUCAGACCCUAAAGAAGGAAGGGUUGAUCUCUCAGGACGGCAGCAGCCUGGAAGCCCUGUUGAGGACUGACCCGUUGGAGAAACGUGCUCUUCCGGAUCCCCGUAUCGACGACGACAGCCUGGGCGAGUUCCCUGUCACCAACAGCCGUGCGCGGAAGCGGAUUCUGGAGCCGGAUGACUUUCUGGAUGAUUUGGAUGAUGAAGACUACGAAGAAGAUACGCCGAAACGGAGGGGGAAGGGGAAAGCCAAGGGAAAAGGUGUUGGAGGGGCUCGCAAGAAACUGGACACAGCUAUAUUAGAAGACCGGGAUAAACCCUACGCUUGCGACAAUAGUUACAAACAAAAGCAUACCUUGAAACCUCCCGAUCGAGUUUGUGGGAAACGAUACAAGAACCGGCCAGGAUUGAGCUACCACUACGCUCAUUCCCACCUGGCUGAGGAAGAAGGCGACGACAAAGACGAUUCGCAACCCCCCACUCCCGUCUCGCAGCGAUCAGAGGAACAGAAAUCCAAGAAAGGACCUGACGGCUUAGCUUUGCCCAACAAUUACUGCGAUUUCUGCCUGGGAGACUCCAAAAUCAACAAGAAAACCGGGCAACCGGAAGAAUUGGUCUCGUGCUCGGACUGUGGGCGAUCAGGGCAUCCCUCCUGCCUGCAGUUCACCCCGGUGAUGAUGGCGGCCGUCAAGACGUAUCGCUGGCAGUGCAUCGAGUGCAAGUGCUGCAACAUCUGCGGCACCUCCGAGAAUGACGACCAGCUUCUCUUCUGUGACGACUGCGACCGUGGUUACCACAUGUACUGCCUCACCCCCCCCAUGUCGGAGCCACCUGAAGGGAGCUGGAGCUGCCACUUGUGUCUGGAUCUGCUGAAGGAAAAAGCCUCCAUCUACCAGAACCAGAACAACUCCUGAUCCCGCUCCGCCGACGGAACGAGCUCCCCGGUGCCCUCGUUCCAUGCAUUUUCCCUUUUUUUUUUUUGGGGGGGGGGCCUUUUUUCUUUUCUUCUUUUUUUAACUUUCCCCAUGGUUUUUUGGUUGAUUUGGGGUUUGUUUUUUUUAUUAAUCGCUCGGGGAGGGGAUUGUUGGGGUUUAUUUUACUCAUUUUUGCCACACGAGGGUUUUGUUUCUCACCUCCCCCUGCGAGAACAGGGUGACGCUGCCGUGUCCCCACCCCGUGAAGUGGCUUUUGGGGGUGUCACCAAAAGGGGAACACGUCUGGGACAGGGCUGCCCUUCCCAUCGCCGUUUCCUGGCUUUUCCACCCAAAAAUGAGGCGCCCAAAUCCACUCAGCGUGCCAAAAAACUCGCUUUUCCCCCUCCUUUUCUUGGGAAAAUUCAGACCCCUGCGCUAGCUGGGGUCGUGUUUUUGGGGCUUUUUGUUAAUUCUUUUAUUUUUGGGGGGGGGGGGGUGAGAUGAUUAUUUUCUUCCCGGUUUUAUUUUUAUUUCCUUUUUUUCCCUCCCUGUUUUUUACCAUUUAUUUUCUUCCCACCAUCUCUCCUGCCUCGGAGGAUGCUCCCCGCACCCCAGCCGAUCCCCCCCUCCUUCGCAGACGAGGCCUUACACCUCGACAUCCUCCUCCAGCUGGCACGAAACGGGGCAAAAUCCCUCCAUUUGGGGAUUUUUCCCUUGCUCCCACACGGCGCAGAGGGAGAAAUACUUUGCCCCGUCGUCGUCGUCAUCCCCCCCCCAGCCCGUCACGGUCGCACAGGGUUUAUUUUGGGGUUUCGGGGGGGAUUUCUUAUUUUUUUUGGAGGGGGGGAAAGCUGCUUUCACCCCCAAAACGCCGCUGACGGGGAGAGGCAGGAGACACUGCUGGUUUUGGGGCUCUCUGGGGAUGCCCCGAUGUCCCCGUCCACCCCCCCCAAGGGUCCCGUUGACUGAAUGUGCCUGUUUUUUCUAAAAAUCAACUUAAAAAAAAAAACCUACCUCCGAACCCCCCCUCCCUGCCACCGCACCCUAAAUUUCACCUCCCAGAACCCUCCCCCGUCAAAAGAGAGGAGCCAACCAGGACGGUGGCAGAGCAGCCCCGAAACCGGCCCCAUGAGCAGAAAAAUGCCCCAAAAUGACUAAAAAACCCCAUAAAAAACCAACCACAACAGCCUAAAAUUAACCAAAACCACUCAAAAUUGACCAAAAUCCCUAAAAAAAGCCCCAAACACCACCACACCAGGAAAAAAACAAACAACCUCGGAUCUGAGUGACGAAGCGGCUCCAGCCUGGUGGUUUCUCUCCUCCCCCUCCUUGAGCGUGAUUCGGGUGGAAAUGAUAGCGUUUUGGUUAAAAAUGGGUGGUUUUCGCCUGUUUUUGCACCCUGAUGGGGGGGGUGGGACAAUGAAAUGUCCCUAAAUGGGUGGGGUUUACCCCAAUUUCCCCUCGGCAAAGCUUCACGGUUGUGUCUUAUCCGGAUUAAAAAAAAAAAAAGUGACACCAAAA